UGUUUGCUCUUUUGUGAAUCAAUACCCUGUGACCAGGACAGACUUUACAGUGCAAAGUUUAUGAAAAACAUCCAGCCUGCUGAUUCAACUCUACAAAGCUGCAGUUCCACUGUGGUGCUCACAGAAAGAAAUCACUGCAAAAUGAGGCUUCUGUUCUUCAUACUGGGUGUCCUCCUGGUCCCGCUGCCAGCAUUUUGUGGAAUUAAGCCUUUAGCUCAACAUUUUCACCCAGAGCCAACCAGUGCAUCAUCAAACCUGCGGACCAAUGAAAAUCUCUCCAGCAAGAGUAUCCAACAAUUGCAUGAGGACAAUACGUUAACACAGGAGCUGCUCCCAGAGGAAGAUGAAUACCUGGAUUUUGAUGCAAUUUUCGCUGAAAAAGAUGACGAUUAUAUUGAUGAAAUUGAUGAAAUAGAAAUCUCACCAGAAACAGACACAGAAUCUCUUCAUUUAGACCCCGCGGCAAAAAGAGCCAAGUUACUCCAGCUAUUCCAUGGCAAAACCAGGAUUCAACGCUUGAACAUCGUCAAUGCAAACUUUGCUUUCAAUCUUUAUAAAAGCAUCAGGAAUGGAGUCGACCCACUUGACAACAUUUUACUAGCACCUGUUGGCAUCUCAAUCACGCUGGGCAUGGUUUCUCUAGGUGCAAGACGCGAAACCCAUCAGCAGCUAUUCCAUGUCCUGGGCUUUGCAGAGUUUGUAAAUGCAAGUGUAAAGUACAACCAGAUGACCGUUCACAAUCUCUUUCGCCGGCUGACUCAUCGCCUCUUUCGCCAUAACUUUGGUUACACUCUCCAGGGUAUUAAUGGCCUUUUUGUACGUCAGGACGCUCAGAUUCUGAGCAACUUCACACAAAGUAUGAAAGCCUAUUACUUCGCCGAGCCACAGUCGGUCAACUUCACUGACCCUGCUCUGAUUCGUAAAAUGAACCAACGCAUUCUUAAGCUCACCAAAGGACUGAUUAAAGAAGGUAUAACGUCGAUAGAUCCACAAACUCUCAUCAUGAUUCUGAACAUCUUGUACUUGAAAGGAACUUGGCAGACCAAAUUUCCUCAUGAAAGGACGUACCGAGGGGUUUUCUGGCUGAAUGAAAAGGAUUCCGUCAGGGUGCCUAUGAUGCAUACCCGGGGAAACUUCCCAGCGACAGUAGACCACAAACUCGAAUGUGACAUCCUCCAGCUGCCAUAUGUGGGAAACAUUAGUAUGUUAAUCGUGGUGCCCCGCAAAUUCUCUGGCAUGAAAACUAUUGAAAUGCAGCUGACAUCAGAGGUGGUGUUGACCUGGUUAAAGACCAUGACCAACAGGACAAUAAAGGUGGUGCUCCCCAGAUUCAACCUGGUAAAGCAGUACGACCUGGUAUCAUACUUCAAGACUCUCGGACUGUCGCUGCCUUUUGAACAAACAGCAGACUUUACUGGAAUAUCAACUCAAGAGAAUCUGGGCAUUAACCUGUUCAAACACCAAGGAUCGAUCACAGUAAAUGAAGAAGGAACGACAGCAGCUUCUCUGACAACAGUUGGCUUCAUGCCCCUCUCCUCACAGAAUGAAUUUGCUGUUAAGAAGCCUUUCUUAUUCCUUAUAUAUGAGCACCGCACUGAAUGUCUACUGUAUAUGGGCCGGGUGACAAAUCCUUUGAAGAACUAACGACCUACACAUUAAAAUUGCUACGCUGACAAUAAACAGGCUAAUAUUGACCAAAAAUUAAUCAAUAAAAUAUUGUGACUUAAAGAUAGAUGAACAUAGCACUGUAAACAGAAGAGCGUUGUUUCACAGAAUGAGCUGUCAAGUCAGAUAUUAAAAGAGCAACAUCUUCCAAAAUGCUGGCGUAACUCAGCAGGUCAAGCAGCACCUAUAGAGGGAAAUAAACAGUCAACAUCUCAGGCUGAGACCCUUCAUCCGGAUAGGAAAGGAAGGGGGAAGAAGCCUGGCAUUUCCACUCGUGCUGUCUGACCAGCUGAGCUCCUUCAGCAUUCUGUGUAUGUCGCUCUGGAUUUCCAGUGUCUACAGAAUCUCAUGUGUUAAUACUUUCCUUCUGAAGAUGUAUUUUUAUCCAAUCCAUUCCAGGGUAGUAGUGCGAAUUAUCAAAAUGAGAUUCUGUAGAUGCUGAAAAUUCAGACAAACAGAAAAAAUUCUUGAGGAACUCAGGAGGUCAGGCAGCAUCUAUGGAGAAGAACAGAGAAACAUUCGACAUUUCAGGCCAAGACCCUUCACUUUGGACCAAAACGUCGAUUGUUUAUUCCUCUCUGCAGAUGCUGCCUGUGCUGCCUCUAGCAAUUUUUGUGUGUUGCUAGUGUGAAUUCUUGCCUCUGCCUAACAUUGUUUACUCUAAUACCAAUACUGAAGUUUAACUGUGUAAUGUGAAUUUAUAAUUGUUUGAACUACUGGACUAUUGGAGAUGUCAUCCGUAGAAUAGCACAAUUCUUUAAAUGGCUGUGUUGAUGGUAAUAUUUGCUAAAAACAGAUACAAAAAUGUCCUCUCUAAUGUUAAGUUAGUCAUUAAACUGCUAUUGAUAAAAUGUUUACUAGACUGCCUUUCUGCAACCCAAACCCUGUUUAGGAAGGAGAUGUUUCACUUCGGAGAUUGUUUAGUUUUAAAACAGGAUUUAUACAGCAAAUUAAAAUGAUGAACUGAGCAAUCAGAAACGAAUGUAUUAGCUGAGCAGCGCUGGUGUGGUAACAAUGAUUCAAUCCAAUACAUAGACAGAGAAUAAUAAUUUACCUGGCAACAUUAUUACUUAAGGAAAGAGAUUUAUUCAGACAAUAGUUGCAGACAAAACAACACUUAUGUGCCAUGGAAAGGCUAGGCUAAUUUUUGUGAUUGGUAGAAUUGUCCUUUCAGAUGUAUUCCAGCUGAAGCAUAAGCAAUGACUAAUAGAAACAUCAACCAACCUUUAACCCUACAAGGGAAAUUCCCCAUUAACUCAAAGAAAGUUUGCUAUACCCUUUGAAUAGUUCUUGUCUGUUUCAAGUUCAAACUGAAACAAGUUCACCCAAAGACAUAUUUACAAAGGCACGAAUUGUACUACCACAAAAAAUCUUUUCAAUGCUGGAAGCUUUCCUCAGUGAACAAGUUUUUAAAAUCAGAACUUUGUUCAUGCAGUCGAUAACUGGCAAAAAAAAUUUGCAACAAGAAGGUGACUCUUGCUCUUUGGUUGUUUUGCAAGAAUAAAUAUUUACAUUCUGCCAAAAAUGUGAAUUGUCAACUCUGCAAAUAGUUCAACAGACCAACAGCGGUUACAAAACUUAGAAAUGUUACCUCAACAGGGGCAGGUGAAGGCAUUAAAAGCAGAACACCCAUUGCUCCAGACUACAAAGAGAAGAGCAAUACUUGCUAUGGGUUUUCCGAGGCAUACUCACUACUACAUUACGUAUUUCUCGAUCUGCUCAGUCGCUGCCUGUCACUGUCAUUGUCAUAGAAAAUUACAGCACAGAAAGAAGACCUUCGGCUCAUCUAGUCCAUUUAAACUGUCUACUCCCACUGAACUGCACCAGGACUAUAGCCUUCCAUACCCCUACCAUCCAGGUGUCUAUCAAAACUUCUCUUAAAUGUUGAAAUUUAGCACUAUUUGCACUGGAGCUCAUUCUACACUCUCACGACCCACUGAGUGCAGAAGUUUCCCCUCAUGUUCCCCUUAAACUUUUCACCUUUCACCCUUAACCUAUGACCUCUGGAUGUAGUACCACCCAACCUCAGGGGAAAAAGUCUGCUUGUUUUUACCCUAUCUAUACCCCUCAUAAUUUUAUAUACAUCAAUCAAAUCUCCCCUCAGCAUUCUAAGUUCUGAGGAAUAAAGUCCUAACCUAUUCAAUCUUUUAACUCAGGUCCUCCAGUUCCGGCAACAUCCUUGCAAAUUUUCUCUGUACUUUCAACCUUAAUAUUCUCCAGUAAGGCAUCUCAAAUCCCAUCUCCAAAGGAUACUUCCAAUUAUCUGUCCCACCUCUAUUAGUCCAAAACGAAUGCUCUCUGGUGGACAUUAAAUGUUGUUCUUUGUCCAUCAGUGAGUUAAAGGAAUUGGCGGCAUUUCAAAGAUUCAAUAAUACAUUUAUUAUCAAAUAUGUAUAAAUUAAACAACCUUGAGAUAAAGACCAACAAUCAAUACGCAGAGGAAGAGAAAACAAAACACAAAUAAUGAAAACAAUAGAAGUAAGCAACAGCAUUCCAAACCAAAUUGA